AUGCCGGCUGAUCAGAAUGCGCCUGUUGCGCUCGUUGCGCCCGUUGUGACUGAGAAGCGUGAGACCGUGGAAGCAGUCGAUAAGCCCGUGGAAACUCCCGCGACUACUACCGAAAGCACCGAACAGACGGUAGCUAAAGACGAGUCCACCAGUGCCCCAGUUGAAGAAGUAGCUGCAACGGAUGAUGCCGCUGCCACCACUGCCACUGCAGAGUCCGAAGCAGCAAAGCCCGAAGAACCCAAGGUUGAGAAGCCAGCUUACCUGAGCAAGAACCCGGCGUUGAGCGAGUUGUUCGGCCGUCUGCCAACUAUCCUCGAAAAUACUGGUCACACUGAGAUGUGGGGGGUGCCCCUCAAGGAUAGCGAUGACAUUCCUACUGUCAAUGUGUUGAUCAAGUUCCUGCGCGCAAAUGAAGGCAACGCCAAAGCCGCUGAGACCCAGCUCAGCUCAGCACUCCAGUGGCGCAAGGAAGUGAACCCGCUGGCACUGGCAGAGUCUGCGAAAUACAGCGCAGCCAAAUUUGGAGGUUUGGGAUACCUGACGACCUACGAGGAGAACGGACGGCCCUUGGUGUUCACUUGGAAUAUCUAUGGAGCGGUGAAGGAUAUCACUGCGACAUUCUCGAAUACUGAUGAGUUCGUUCAAUGGCGUGCCGCUCUCAUGGAACUCGCCGUACAGGACCUGAAGAUGAAGGAUGCCACCGAGGUAAUCGAGUACGACGGCGAGGAUCCCUACCAGAUGGUUCAAGUGCAUGAUUACAUGAAUGUCAAAUUCUUCCGUAUGGACCCGUCUGUCCGUGCCGCAACAAAGAAAGUCAUCGAAGUGUUCGCUACAGCAUACCCAGAGCUCCUGAGCGAGAAGUUCUUCGUCAACGUUCCUGCUAUCAUGGGCUGGAUGUUCACCGCCAUGAAGUUUAUCCUGAGCCGGAACACCACGCGCAAGUUCCACCCGAUCACCAACGGUGCCAAUCUGGCUCGGGAAUUCUCUCCUUCGAUUGCUGCACAAAUCCCCAAAGCUUAUGGUGGCAAGGGUCCGGAGCUGAAGGAGAGUGCUAGGUUCAUUCCGUUGGUUGAGGACAAGGAACAGGAGACUAAGGACAAGGGCAAGUCUGUCGAGGAGCCUACUGUUGCUGAGCCCGUUAAGGAGGAGGCAUCGAAAGAAGAAACCCCCAAGGUGGAGGCUGUUAAGGAACCACAGGAGGAGACUGCUCAGGAGCCAGCCAAAGCAGAUGUUCCCAAGGUUGAGUCUCUGAAGGAAGGACCUGCGAAGGAUGGAUCCCAAUAG